UCUUAGCUCUGGCCAAGGUUAAGAGACCUCGCUCUUAAUAGAUGGCUCUAUGUAUAUGUAUAGUAGCAAAAGCAUAUCUACUAUCAGUAUAGAUGUUUACCCUCUUUUUUUGUGGCUAGUUUUAGUACAUCAGUCAAAGCAAUGAGCUCCGCCUUUUGGGCAGAGGUGCCAGGCUCUAACCCUUUAACCCAGAGUACCUCCUUUUUGGUGGUCAUUGUUGUCCCGGCCACUCAUCUGUCUCUGUCGUUCUGGAUGAAGCUGCUUCCAUCGAACAGUUGUCGGCAUUUUCCAAAAGCUGGUCAGUAAGAUCAGCCUGUAGGUUCCGCUGUAGUUUGAGGAUGUCAGCACACUCAUGGAGAGGUGUCCUUUGUUUCUCCAGGUCAUCAUCAGGCAUAAGGGUGGCUGGGUUUAAAGCUGAAGAAGUCUUGAAUAUCACUGACUCUGGGUCUAGAAGCAGGGCUUGACAGUAGAAUUCUGGCAUUGGAGAGCCUUUUUUAGGAGGGGUUUUGAUAAGAGUCUCUAAACUGUGAGAGGUUACCACAGAAAUUACUUGCCUAAAGCGAGUUUUUUUUUGUCUCCUUAAGUAGCAUUGUCACAGUAGCUAGUAUUUUUAGGCAGGGGGCCAUACUCCUGUUACUGGAUUCAGUCUUUUGGAGAGGUAGGCUAUAGGCCUCUUUUAAGGGCCAAUGUCCUGAGUGAGGACUCUUUUGGCAAUGUCCCUGAGUUUAUCUAUGAACAAGAUGAAAGGCUUGGUAACGUCAGGGAGUCCCAGGGCUGGGGCCUCUGUCAAGGCCCGCUUGAGCUGUUGGAAGGCCUGUUUACAUUUAUCAGUCCAGUUCAGCGAAUUUUGAGUUUCUCCCUUAUGGGAGUCAUAUAGAGGCAAGCGUUUUAGUAAAGUUUAGCCUACAGUAUCCAAUUGCCCCCCAGAAACUCUCGUCUGUUUUUUAAAAGUUUUUUCUCAUAGAGCAAUUUUAACAUCUUGGCUAUCUUUUUGUAAAUUUUUUAGUUCUCAAAGACCUUUUUGUGCUAUCUCUAUUAACUGGCUGAGGGGCAUUUUUUUAAACCUCUCAAACCUUUGUAAUUUUUGUCUAACAUGUGGGGCCGACUGAGUUAUAAAGAGAACAACUGGCGAUACUGGGAAACCUCCUUACCUCUGGAUGUCCAGUCAGGGUAGCACAAAAGGAGAACAUGGUUUUGGCAUUCCGGAUCAGAGUGCCGGCUUCAUCUGGAUGGCACACUGCUUUUUGUCCAAGGGUGUCACAUGGCAGGCCAUCAUUUUAUUAAAAUUAUAUUCUUAACAAAAAGGGCUUUUUCACAGGUAACAAAAUUGUGCUGUAUAAUCUCCCAGAUGUUUACAGCACAUGUAAGAAUUUGUAUCUUAUUUUCAGUAUCACCUAUAAUCUUAUUUUAAUGAAAACAUUUUGCAGCAAAGUACAAUCUUAUGUAUACUUUUACCAAAACUGAUCUAAUACUGUCAAAUUUUAAACACAUUUACUUUUUGUCAAACCUGUUAUUUGCAGUACUAUAAAUCAAGACAAAUAAAAUUCACAUCCUCUUGAGCCUUCUACAACUUACAAUAAUACCUCUCAAACUAAGCUUUAAUCUUUUUUCAUAUUUUGGCAUAGCCAGACACCUUUACUUGAAGACCACUCUCUUUGUCCCUCUUUUUACUAUUACCAGUCAAUUAACUUUUUUUUAUUUCUCAGACAACAUCAAAACUCUCAACAAAACCCUUGAAGUCACCUUUUAGUAGUCCAAAACAUACUUAUUUUAUGUCUUUUUACCACAUAAAAAUGCUGUAUUUUAAAAACAAAACUGUAACUUUUUAACUGGCUCAAAUAUACUACCAUCUGGUUUUUACUUGGUAAAGUUGAUAUGAUUUUUAAUAACCAUAGAUAUACAUAUAUAUGUGUACAUGUUUACAUUUUUACCAGAGAGGAAAAAAUACUCCUUUUAAAAGGUAUGUUGAGGUUGCAAGCAAUCAAUUGAAGUCUUACAUAUUAAACAAGGCACCACAACAUUAAAGACACAAACAAAGGGAGCUUCUUGCAUAGUUUGGUCAGCUAAAGGAAAUAAUUUUUUUUAUCAUGAACCUUGAAUCUAAUAAGCCAUAUGGAUCCUGCAACAGAAAUGGGCAACAAGCCCCUAAGUUAGUAACAAGUUUAAACAGGCAAUCAAGGAGAGGGCGGAGGAAGGAAGGGUUUUACCCACGGUGGGGGCUCCUCCCUGAGGUCCUGUCAUACCAAGAUGUAGGCGAUCCGGUCGGGGUGGCCCUCUUGUCCAGGGCAGAAGAUGAUGUUCUUAACUGCUAAGAUGAGGGGAAGGUGGAAAGUCCCCUCUGGUGGCCAUCCCACAGAAAAAGUAGGCCACUCAGUCGAGCAGAAAUCCUGUUAUUUACUCUUCUUGACCUGUAAGGAGAGAUUGUGAGCCCUCUUCCGCACCUCCGACCAAUGGUCGAGGGUGAGGGACAAUGGGGAUGAGGUCGACUGUCCCAUGAUGUUCUAUAGUCACAGGGCGGUUAACGCAAGCACGAUACAACAGAUAACCAAUCACAACACCCACGACACACAGGACAAACAGGCCGGCCACCUCACUCUCACGCAUCAGUUUCACUCCAAACGAGCCACCUUACAGGGUGUCUCCGAAUUGGCCCGGACGGACCACAGAUUGGGAACGAAAUUCCCCGAACGAGUCACCUCAGAGGGUGUCUCCGAAUUGGCCCGGACGGACCACAGAUUGGGAAUGAAAUUCCCCAGAUUGGCCCAGACGGACCACAGAUUGGGAAUGAAAUUCCCCAAACCGAUAGGAAAAUCCUAUCGCAGACGGUGAGUCACGGAAAACCGUGUGGGGCGUCCCCCGGUCACCAGAGAACAGAGAACAGAUAACAAAAACAGGUAACAAAAAUUGCCCGGUUGGCUCGGGGCGUAAAAUACCGGUAGAUUGAUCCUCAGAGUAAAAAUAAGAAGCGACCGGUCGUACUCACCCGCGGUGUAAGGCGGAGCCGUUGAGGUCGUCUCCCGUGAGACGUACUAUCUCGCUGGGGCCUCCAUAUGUAAGAACCGGUGUCGCAGGGGAGAAGACCCCAAGGACUCAGCUCGUAGUGAGGAGUAAAAAGUUUAUUUCCAUGCGCAUGGGGUCCCCCAGGCAAACAAGUGCGGAGGGCCCCGAGGGGGAAUUGUGUAGGGUUUUUAAGGGCGCAGGGAGGCAAGCGAAUUUACAGAAGCAGAUUGCAUUGGUUAAUUUUGAGCAGCAUAGGAUUUGGCAGAAAUUGAUUGGAGGGGUUUGGGGUUGAGUAACCAUGGAGACUGGGGGUCCUAGCCCAGUCACUAUGUGCCCAGAACAGAACAGUUACUUGUCUUACUUAUCUCGUUGAGACAGAACAACCUUGCAGGUGCAUUCUUUCUUUUUUUUUUCUCUGCUCUGAUAGCUCUGGGGAGUUAGGCAUUUCUUUCUGCUCUGCUCUGAUAGCUCUGGGGAGUUAGGGAGUUAACCCUUUUAUUCCCCCGCUCUGGGGAGUUAGGGAGUGAAACAUUCUUUGCUGCUUUUUAUAACUCGGGGAGGGGGUUAUAGCAGGGGGGUCAACUCUCACAAGGUCAGCUCCCAAAAUUUAACUCCUGGAACAGCAGGGGAACUUAAGAGCCCAGUUCCAGCACGGUUGCCACCUACAUGGAAUGGUUGAUCCUCCUGUUCUUUAGUUAUUAGUAUUUUACACAUCAUCUCUUAGAAGUCUGAGAUCCCACUGAGGACCUCCUCACACCUAGCUCUGGGGCUGAUCGUGAACUUCAGCGUUCUACUGGGCAUGUCUGGCGGAAGAAACAGCAUUGAUUGAUUGGGUAAGACUGACUGGCAGUUGUGGGUACAGACAGAGAAACUUAGGAACCCCAGGCUGGCUGGAAGAGUGUGGUAUGUGGGGCCUGGACUGAUUUGUCAUGAAAUUUUAAACCCUGGCUAUGGCUAUUACAAAGAAAAGGAAAGAGGCUGAUGAUAUGUGUGUAGCUCAAAAGGACAAUGUAUAUAAAAGUAUGCAAGAGUCACAGGAAACCCAUAUAUCCAACCACCUAGAUGAAGUUGUUGCUGCCGUCAGCAUCAAUCCUAGAAAGACCCCGAAUCCGCUGCCUCAGACGCUGCUGUUCCAGCCUCCUCGGGAGAAACUGCACCUCUGUGAGGAGAAAGCCAAGGCCCACUUCAGCAGUCACCAAUAUAAACAGGCUGUCCAGGAGCUGGCACGCUGCGUAGCUUUGGCGAGGAUUUGCUACGGUGACUGUCACUGGAGACUAGCAGAGGCGCACGUGAACCUGGCCCAAGGCUAUCUCCAGAUGAAAGGAUUUUCGCUGCAAGCAAAACAUCAUGCAGAAAAAGCCAAAGACAUCCUCACCGACUUCAUUGUACCGCCGUAUAACGACAACACCGAUGUUUUCAAGUGUUCUGUAGAGCUUUUCCACACCAUGGGGAGGGCCUUCCUCUCCCUUCAGAAAUUUAAGGAAGCCUCAGAGAAUUUGGUGAAAGCAGAGAGACUUUCGAGGGAGCUGCUGCAGUGUGGAAGGAUUAUAAAGGAAGAGUGGAUAGAGGUCCAAGCACGAAUCAAAUUGUCAUUUGCACAGGUAUAUCAUGGUCAAAAGAAGUCACAAGAAGCUCUGCCCCUCUACCGAGAAGCACUGAGAUACACAGAGAUCAGCAAAGGGGAAGAAAGUCCUGAGUAUGUGUCCGUGCUCAGGGGACUGGCAGCCGCGGAGCAAGCCCUGGGGUCCCACAGCACAGCCACCAACCACUUCCAACAGGCUCAUGCCAUCGUCCUGGGGAGAGACCCCUCUCAGGAGGAGGCCGCAGACUCUGCCCACCUGGUUGCCCAUGCUGCUGUCACUUCCGGGAGGCCAGAACACCACGAUGUGGCUGAGAAGUAUUUUCAAGAGAGCAUGGCUCACCUUAAGGAUUCCGAAGGGGCAGGAAGAGCCAAAUUUCUUGCAAUUCAAGAUGAAUUUUGCCAUUUUCUACAAAUCACCGGACAAAAAGAGAGAGCAUCCUUGAUCCUAAAGGAGUCCCUGGAAGCCAAAGUGGAAGCAUUUGGCUAUUUCAGUCCUGAGGUGGCGGAGACUUACAGGCUCCUGGGCGGGGCAGACCUGGCGCAGGGGAACCAGAGCGAGGCCCACAAGAACCUAAAGAAGGUAAAAGCAGGAGCCAGUACUAACCCAAGACGAGGCUCUCCCUCCACUGCGCUCCUUUUAAAUGAAACUUUUGCCUCCAGGUUCAGACGCUCUUGUAUGGACCCCAGGACAAGAGGACCAUGGCCACCCAGCACUCGGUGGACGUCCUGUCCCAGGCACGCGAGGGCACUACAAAACCAAGGCAGUCUCCAAAAACCAAAGUGGCCUUCUGCACCAGUGUCCCUCCGCGCACUGUCCCCGGGAAGCCUAGACCCAACCUGGCAGACUGAAACCCCCAUCUACACCCCAAAGGCGGCUUUGGACAGGCUGGGUUUGCUGCUGUACAAACCCCUUUCCAACUGGAAGGUGAAAUUUCCUUGCACGAAUUUGAGAGGCUGGCUGUUAGAAUGUUCCACGGCAGUACCAUCCUCACCCUCAGCACCACCCCAGCGGGCCACAUUUGGACAGUGGAUGCCCCUCAGGGUGAUCUAGGAUUGCCAGGGGAAUUUUGGCCCAUCAGCAGGACUGAAAGACUUCUCUUCGCAAGUGUAGAACCUCCUGCAGGAAAGUAAACUCCAUGUAUGAUUGUACAUACGGCCCCUUUCAUGAGUCUGGAGUCAAAUUUGGAAUAGCAAGACUCUGGAAAAAGCUCUUUUCUUAUAGGAAGGUGGCAGCAACUGAGAAUAAAAUGCCAAUAAAGAAAAAUUUGAAAGCA